AGAACGAGCGUAUGAAUUUCUUGACGAAUGGUAUAAUGAUAGAUUUAAUAAUGAAGAAAAUAAAGAUGAAACAUUUUCGUACGAUGAACAUAAAAAAGAAAUAAGUAAAAUUCACAAUCGACACAAUAAACAGAUUGAAAAACAACUUGAAAAUAAAGAUAAAAUUAUUCUACAUCUAAUUCAAGAACAAAGAAUCUUUCUCGACGUUUUAUCAAUUUUUUUAACAAAUGCUAGAAAUAAUAUGACAAAAGCUCAACUUUUAGCAAAAAUUAAUGAAUUAACAACAACGUUUGAGGAACAAAAAAAUGAAACAAAAAAAAACCAUACUAAUGAAAUCAGUCUUUUCCGAGAAAUAAUUACCGCAAAGAAUAAAGAAAUUACAAAUUUGAUGUCUAUUAUUGAUAAUCAUGCUAAAGAAAUCGAACGAAUCGAUGAAAUGAGAAAAAAACAUGAAUACGAAUAUAAUGAAAGGUUGAAAGAAAAAGAUAAAAUCCACAAACGUGAAAAAGAAGAAAAAGAAAGAACAUAUAAACGGGAAACCGAUCUUUUACACCAAACCAUCGAUUAUUUGGAACAAACUAUUCGCUCUUUACAAAUUAGUACCUCUGAAUAUUAA